UUCAGUUGGUCUUACACGCUCGCCGGUCUUCCACGUUUAUCGCGCCUCUCUGGCUGUUUUUUAUUGGCAACUGUAAAAAGUGAAAGACGCCGCGGAUUCUGGCAACCAAAUCCACCAAAUUUCUUCUUGUGAAAACCGAGAGCGAAAGUGACUAGCGGACAAAUAACAAAAUAUCUUGCUAAUUAGACGUCACGCCAUGGGCGAAACAACAAAUUGCGCCCAAGAAUUAUGAGUCAAUGGUGAUGGCGAGUGUUGGUUUAAGUGACUGUGCGUGUUAAUUGCCUUUAGAACAUCUUGACAAGAAAACCCGUUCAUUGGAUACCAAAUGGCCGUGAAAAGCGCCGACUAAGGAAGAGUCGCGCAAAAACUACGAGGAAAAUUAACGUCAAACAAGCAGUAAAACUGCACUCGAAACGAUUUAAAGUUAACUGGAAAAUGUAUAAACAAACAUAGGAGAGCGAGUGCAGACGGAACAACUUUCAGCCGCGGUAGAAAACUACAGUUAAGGUUUUGCGCGGCAGAAGAAUCUGGCCAGAGCGACGUGUGAAUGCAGGAGAAGAUACAAGAUACCCAAUAGCAACUACAAGAUACAACCGAUAUUGCAGUGCAAAAAGUCGGCGACAACCGAACGAAACGCAGGAGAGAAAAACGCGAGAGAGCGACCGGUCUGCUUUAAGCCUGGCCAUGAUCUUGGCCAGCCGUUUGGGCCACAACACGCUCAGUUGUUAACCAGACGCGCACGCAUGCGCACGCGAAACGCGCUAACAGGUGAUUUGCAUACGCUCAGAUACGAGUUACUGGCUUCCAGAUACGAAAUCCGUUAGACCGUAGGUGUGUCGCGAUGAAGUAAUUGCAGGUAGCUAGAUAACCGACUAAAGCAAAUAGAAAACGCGCUAAAUGCGGCAGCGAAAUUCCAAACAAACGAGUCCAAAACAAACACCACGAAGAAAGUACAUUAAGACGAAUAAACAGAAUUGAGUUGCUACAAAAAAGUCGACCGACAAUCAAUGGAAUUGUGUUUGCGUGCUAAGCCAAGUGCCUCAUAAAUUGAUUUGUCAAUUGGCUAACGAUUUCGCCAAUAAAGCCGUUCAUUGCGUCCGCCGAAAAGCCGGAGUUCCCUACCACGUCGUAGCCCCAGCGAAAUCAGCUAAGCAAACAGUUGGGCUACAGUUAAAUUGCAGGGCCAGGGUGCAAUUGCCAUUGCCAUUGCAAUUGCAGGUUGAAGGUGUGAAUCGCCCGUCAGCAGUGCUAACUGGCUGAGUGAAACCAAAGCCGAAAACGAAACAGAAAAUGCCCAGCACACACAGUGAUUUGCCCCAUAAUUGGGGCUCGGGUGAGAGUCGGCGUCAGUGGACAUCCUCAAGUAGAAAUCGCAAUCGCACCUGCAAUCGCACUCACCCAGUGAGCAUGGUCAGAUCAAAGCGUGGCCACUUGAUUUUCCUCCUUUUGAUCUGCCUAAUGAACUCGUCCGCCGAAGCGGAUGGGACGGCUCGGAAUGGUCGUCUUGGACGCCACCUCUCCACCACUCCGUUAAGCGUCCUGGAAACUGAGGCUGUCGAGGAGCAGGAGGCGGUAACGGAGUCGCCAACGGAAUCGCCAGCGGAGUUGGUUACGACCGAAGAACCACCGCAGCCGGAAGAUUGGCAGCCAGUGGUGAAUGCCACCGAGAUGCCGGUCCGGAUGCAGUUGGACAGGACGGCCCCAGGCGAUUCCCUGCUCCUCCGACUGGCCAGGCGUUUCACCAGUGGCAACGAGCUGUGGGAUGGCCUUGUUCGCGAUUGCUAUCUGAAGCCAGACGUCUCGUGCUUCCAGAAGAACGUCUUUAGCUACUUGGAUGGCGCUCUGGAUGUGCAGGAUGUCAAUGUGACACAAAGGCUCAAGUUCUUCAAGAACCAAGUGGACUACGAAGUGGCUAAGGAGAAGGAGGAACACUCGACAGCACGUGCCGCCAGUGCGGCGGAAACCCCGAUCGAGGAAGUGACCAGCGCUCUAUAUGGCAAGAGCAUUAAAUUCGCCAUGACCCACGAUCUGGAGGUGGAUCUGCCCGAGGUUAUGUUCAAUGGCGCCACAUUUCGCAUCUCGCCGCGGGCCAUCGAAGGCAACGGAAUCAUCGCCAAGCUGGAGCUCAUUCCCAAACAGGUAGUCAAGGCCCGACUGGCUGGCGCGAUAAUCCAGAAGAAGAUACAAAAAUUUCUACGCAGCAAACUGGUGCUGUCAUUCCUGGCCUUGCUGCUGAUCAUCAAGAUCAUCAAGAUCAAGCUGUUCUGGCUGCUGCCAAUCGUCAUCGGAGUCGGGGCGGCCAAGAAGCUGCUGCUGAAGUUCCUGCUCUUCCUGUUCCCGGCGCUGUCGCAUCUCUUCAAGCUCUGCUCGCACUACCAGCAAUCCUACCACGCACCGGCCAAGUACCACCACCACCAUCAUCUCAUCGAUCAUCAUCACACGGUGGUUCCACCUUGGCACAGUGGGGAGCACCAUUCGGUUCCUGAAAUCAUCUACACGCACCCGCCGAAGGGUCAUCCGUCCGCCUAUCUCCAUGGAGCUCCGGUGCACGAGAGCUACGGCCCAGGAUUCGAGCACUUCGAGGGAGCCUGGGAGAACAGUGGCCCGGGAUUGGGAUCCGAAUACAUAGGCGAUAUAAAUCGCGUUGCACAAAUUGAGGAGAAUGCGCAUUACUUUAAGCCCAACCCGGCGAAUGAUGCCGGGGUUCUGCAUGCUUGGGGCCUGGGCACCACACAGGCACAACAGAAACAUCUGACACAGGCACAGGCACAGGCACUGGCACACCAGCAACAUCUGACACAUCAGCAACAUCAGGGCCAGCAGCAACGUUGGCCUGUCACCCAGCAGGCGAGGCCGCCAACUCAGCCCAAACAACAAUCGCAGCAGCAACAGCAACAGCUCAAGCUACAGCUGCAACAGCAAUUAAGUGCUCAGAAAGUACAUGGCUCUAGUCACAGUUUAAACCCAUUUCAAAGUCAGGACAAGCAAAGCUCAAGGCCAGCACACUCGCAGCACCAUCCGGUGUUCGUCCCAGGACACCAUCCGCCGCAAAAUGGACCCGGACUCACGGCAGCCGCCCAAAUUGCCGCCCAGUAUGAUCCAGCGCGCAAUAAUCAGCAGCAGCCGCAACACCAGAACCCUCAGCAGCAAAAUCAGGCUGCACCGGAGCCCCAACUUUCGCCCGAAUUAGCCGCCCAGCUGAAGGAGGCCAUCCGCAUUCAGGCCGAGCAGCGCCUCAUCCAGCAGCAGCAGAAAAUACUGGAGCACCAGCCAUUCGUGCAGGACGGACAGCCGCUGUAUCCGCUCAACUACGAUCCGUUCUACAGUCCUAUUCUGCUGAAAAUCGACAAAAUCGUCGAGCAGCUGGGCGUGAAGAGCGACCUGUGCAAGGAGCGUAUUGUGUGCAGCAUGUACAAGGAUCCAGCCACCUACAGUCCGCACAGCAAUUUCAUUUCCGCGGAGUUAAGUCGCGAUACCAGCGAACUGGAGCCCGUAACGCAUGCGAAUGAGGCAGUGCGUCGCUUUUACCGACUAAUUCAGGCUGCCCGAGAUGGCCAGGAUCAAAAGGACUGCCAGAGUCUGUAUCCACAGUGCAACAUGCCGGCCAAGUGAUCCGCAGGUCCCAAAUUCUUGGGAAAGGGAGAUGAUAUGCGAGUACGAGCAACUUUAAAGUCAACUUUUCCUUGUUAAACACCGAACUGUAAAUAGGAUAAUAGAUCUAGGCUAAGCAUAAUUUAUUUGUUAAACUCUUAUUUAUUUAUUUAUUGAUUGUAGUCUAAUGGUUCUCCUAUUUAAUGUCCAUUUAAGCUCUUCGGUCACUAAGCCCUGCAUUAAUAUUCAUUCUGAUUUUGUUGAAGCUAGCUUACAAAUUAUUCAUUAAAUUUGACUGCGGUCAGUACACUUUUUAAAUUUACCACACACACAAACGUGGAUGACACACAAGGAAUUCACAGAUAAUUCGCUUAAAAUAGGAUAUAAAUGAAAUCAGAAUAUUUAUUAUUUGCCGGAUAGACGGAUGAGGAUGAAAAUUCAAUUAGUCAAUACGCAAAAAUUGUUAUCAGAGAGCAUAUAAAACGAAAAAUAAAUUGAAAUUGUGUUAAA